AUGUCAGUUCCCUCAAAAUACUCAUGAAGUGUCAUAUGCAGUCAUUUCAUGCAAAGAAUAUAUUUAUAUCACCUGCACAGUCUAAUAUUUUUACUUUAAAUAUCUGUUCAAAUUUCAUCAGUACAUCAUCAUGAACAUGUUCACAGUUCAUCAAAGAUUUUUCCUGACAUAUAUACAUCUAUGUAAUUCUAGAGCGUCUGAGCCUCAAUAAGAACUUUUUUGGAAAAAGAUAAAUAUAAUCAUGGAGGUUGAUGAAGAAAACCAGCAGCAGUGUCCUCUGUUGGAUUCAAACAUAUGGAGAACCAGAUCAACCGUCACUUCUUGUAACAGCUUUAUGUUGCAGAACAAAGUAGCUUGUGAUAUAACCUUCACACUAGGUUCUGAAAGUCAAGAGGUUGUGGCUCAUAAAUAUGUAUUAAUAAGCAGGUCACCAGUGUUUUAUGCAAUGUUUUGUGGACCAGUAGCAGAGAGCUCUGAUGUUAUUAGUGUACCAGAUAUUGAACCAGAUAUAUUUCAAUCUUUAUUAAGCUAUCUGUAUUGUGAUGAUGAUUCUGUUGUUGAUAGUGAUUCUGUGAUGGCAUUGUUAUAUGCGGCCAAGAAAUAUUCUAUUUAUAGCCUUGAAGAUGUGUGUAAACAAUUCCUCAAAGACAACAUUAAUUUCGACAAUGCAUGCCUAAUUUUAGAACAAUCCCAUGCAUUUGAUGAGAAAGAUUUAUACGAAGAAUGUCUGAAGUUUAUAUGGAAAAACGGUGAAGAAAUAUUAGAAAUGAGCUGCGUUAAAGAUCUAUGUGAGAAAUGUAUGCAAGAUAUCAUUGCUUCUGAUGCACUGAAUGCCGAUGAAAAACUUGUUUAUGAAUGUGUUGUAUCAUGGUCAGAAAUACAAUGUAUAAAGAAAAAGAUGGAAGUAAACGAUCAAAACCAACGGGAGGUACUUAGUAACAUUUUGUACCAAGUAAGAUUUCCGUUGAUGCCCUUAUCGUAUUUCGCUGAUCAUGUUUCAGAGAAACAAAUAUUAUCACCUGAAGAAAAACUCAACUUAUACAAAUACUUGUGUCAGAGCAGAUCAGGGGCAGUAACUCCAUUUAUUUCACGGUAUAGAAGUAAGAAGACAAGUCUACAUUGUAAGAGGUUUAAAGGUAUGGUUGAUAGUAGUGAUUGGGUUCAAAAGGGUAAAAAGGAUGCUGUUUCAUUCAGUUGUAGUGUACCAAUAUUGAUGCAUGGAGUCUGCAUGUACCGAUCAGGACUUACUGGCGCCCCCUAUGAUAUCAGACUAGAACUCUAUGAUGAAAGUGAUAAUCAGCUUACAUGUGUACAUCGUACAGAAGAUACUAUUGAAAGUACGGUUGAAGGAAGAUUUCUGUUUCCUGUUUUAUUUGAUCAGCCAUUGAAAAUCCUUUCAUGCUCGUAUUAUACAAUUGUUGUGAAAAUGAUUGGACCAAAGAGUUUUUAUGGUGAGCGUGGAAGGAAGAAAGUUGUAUGUGGUAACGUUACAUUUGAGUUUAUCUCCGCACCAAAUAGAAGUACAAACUCUACCAACGUGUUCACUGGUCAAAUUCCUGUCAUCUUGUUUUCUCCAUGGCUGUAAAUGUUAAUAGUCAUUUCGAUAGACAUUUGAUCUGUUCAAAUUACAAGCAACACUAUCAGCAAGGCAUGGACACACAACUUUUAUCACUUUCAAUAUUUCGUUGAUAAAAGUGUUCAAUUUCCAUUGACUGGAUUGCUGUACAAAAAAAUUGUUAUUUCUCGUUUCACUUGAAUAAACAAUAACAAAAUUAAGAUUAAAAAAUAGCAUUUUGCAUAUUUACUACGGUUAAACAUUGUUCAUGAGUAAACUCUCAUUCUAGUCAUUAAAUUUUAUCCUAAUUGUUUUUGCCAUUACUGUACACAUGUUACAUGAAAGUAAGUAUGGAUAAUGAUAAUAUAAUAUUACCUAACUUGUUUCAAACUAGAAGUUCAUAAGGAAUAUUUAUACUUGAAAUAAUACUGUAAAUUCAGAAAUUAUUGCGAGGUUUUUAUUAUUGCGAAAAAUGCGACAGAGUUGUAAACGCAAUAAUUUAAACUCGCAUUCUGAAAUAUUUUAUUUGAAUUUAACAGGAUUUUUCUCAAAAUCGUAAAAAUUAAAAUCGCAUUUAAGUCUAAACUGACAAAAUCGCAAUAAUAAAUGCACGCAAUAAUUUCUGAAUUUACAGUAUACAGAACUUAUAAUGAUAUUUCAGUUUAAUGCUUUUUAUGCCCCUUAUGCCCCACCUACGAUAGUAGAGGGGCAUUAUGUUUUUUGGUCUGUGCGUCCGUUCGUCCGUCUGUUACACUUCAGGUUAAAGUUUUUGGUCAAGGUGGUUUUUGAUGAAGUUGAAGUCCAAUCAACUUGAAACUUAGUAUACAUGUUCCUUUUGAUAAAAUCAUUCUAAUUUUAAUGCCAAAUUAGAGAAUUUAUUCUAAUUUCAAGGUCCAGUAAACAUAGAAAAUGAUAGUGCAAGAGGUGCAUCCGUGUACUGUAGACACAUUCUUGUUUUUAUAUAUAUAUAUAAGAUGGGGGCCAAACCUUGAAAUGUGAAAUUUUUGUUUUUUACUCGAUUUGUUAUGAGGUUGUUUUACGCAUUGAAUUUAGUAUUUUUUAAUUGGAAUCUCAUGCUUGAAAUUUUGUGGCUGGUUUUGCAUUACUCUCUGACAUGGGUUAAGACAUGAAAUAUAUGUAAAAAGAGGUAUUUUUGUGAUUUUGUCAUUUAAGACUAAUA